AUGCCAACCUCAUCCUCAUCUUCGCUGUCUUCAACGACCUCAGCUACAAGAUCCAAGCGUAGACCCUCCUAUCUCAACUUGAGUUCAUCACAGCAAAAUGACAUUGUAAGCGAUGUGCUAUCUCCCCGUACACCACGAUCCAUCUCAAAAUCCAGAAGAUCCUCUGUGGUCGCUGAGCAUGUCCAAGAGGUAAUUGAGAACAGCACCAGCAGCAGACGAGGCAGUGUGGCCAGCAGUAACAACAUCAUCGCAGCAGUAGCAGGAUCAGGAGGACCUCCUUUGCUCUCUGACAGCACCAAUUCCUACUUUCAGGACUUGUCUUCACAAGAUGAUGAAGCUAUCCGAUCCGAAACUCCUACAUUAAAGGCAAGAACUGCAUCGAGCGAAGAUUUAAGAAACCGUUUUUCAUCAACCGCGGCAAGUGCUAGUGGAGACAGCAGCACUAGCAAUCGUCGUACUCGAUCAUCUUCCAUUUCGAGUUUAUUAGGUUCUACACAUGUGUUACCUAGUUUCGAUGUACACACACUAUACAAGAUCAAAACGACUCGCUCAUCCAGAAAAUUAGACCGUUUCUUUGGAGAAUACGCCCCACAUGACAUUUGUAUCAAGGAAAUCAGAAAAGAGGGACUCAAGGCUAUUUUAGAAUCCAAGGCACCCUUAUGCUACUUUUUGUACCAUUUACUAGAAGAGUAUAGCAGUGAAAAUUUGUUCUUUUUCAUUGAAUUGGAGCAAUACGAAUCCUUUUCUUACGCAUCUCUGGGCCAACAACUCGCAACAGCACAGCACAUUUUCAACACUUACUUGACUAGGAAUAGCUACUUUGAAGUUAAUUUAGAUGACAAAGUUCGUAGAACAGUAACUCAAUCACUGGAAAAGAAGAAUGCCAAAACUUGUUUUGAAUUCGCCAAGCGUGCCGUGUAUUCGCUGCUGGAGUCCAGCUACAUGCGAUUCCAGAACACAGACACAUUCCAGGACAUGGUGAAGCAAUGCGGUGAAUUGACUGCACACUAUAACGAUGAAGCCAGGGCAGCAGCAGUGAACAAACUCCUCGCUUACGUUGAGCAGCAGCAUCUGAAGAUCUAUGCCAAUGAUAAUCCCACCGCCGUAUUUCAAAGUACCACCAUCAGACGACAUGAACUGAUCAAAUCCAUGAUUCAUGAGUUUUGUCGUACCUUGGUGGGUGUAGAAUUUAACUAUUACACACCUGAUACGUCCAGCAGCAGUAUCCAUGAAGAGACAUCAGAUACCACUGCUUCAGGAGCCAGCAAAUUCCGCCACGUUGGAUUCCCUUCAUUUGGCAAUGGACCUAGUGCAAAUAAAAAGAGAUAA